CCGGAAAGCGGGACGGCUGAAACGCGGCGGCGAAGCUGGAGCAGAACUUGCAAAGUUCUAGGUGGAAAAGACUGGCCAUGGACAGGAGUGGCUUCGGAGAGAUGUCAUCCCCUGUAAUCCGGGAGGCAGAAGUGACACGGACUGCGCGGAAACAGAGUGCUCAAAAAAGAGUUUUAAUUCGGGCCUCCCAAGAUGACAAUUUUGGUAAUACUACACCAAGAAACCAGAUUAUCCCUCGAACUCCCAGCUCAUUUCGACAGCCUUUUGCUUCACUGAAUCGAAGCUUACUAAGGCAUCCAGAUGUUUCCUGCAUUCUUGGAACAGGAGGGAGGUCUCCCCGGCUUACACAGUCUUCGGGGUUCUUGGGAAAUUUGUCCAUGGUAUGUAUAAAAUUAGGGCUAAAAAUUUCUCUCUUUUAAUAUUUGGUUUAAAAACCUCUUAAUGAAAAUUGAAGAUAGUCAUCAUAAAAAUAAAUUUAGGUUGUGUGGAUUGAUACAGUUGGUUAGAUAUGUGGACAACUGAAAUGUUCAAGAACCUCUAAUCACAGGUGGAAAAUGGCAACAGCAACAUUUGUGUGUGUGACAACCACACACACACACAUACACAUACACAAAUUUGGUCACAGAAGUGAUUUUGUGAGAGUAAAGAAGGGAAUUUGAGUUCAGUUUUUGUACUCAAGGGGUAAAUGGGAAAUUUUUUAAAAAGUAGACGAGAUGCUUUUUAGCAGUCACUAUGGUACAGUACUGAAAAUAGGGGAAGAAAUGCUAAAUGGCAGUGCAGAAUGAUUUCGCCUAGGUAUUGAAAAUAACCUAUACAAAAAGAGCAUUGUGUCUGAGAAGAAUGAAACAAAAGAGCUUUAUUAUAGUAGCAGAGUGUUAUGGCACAUUUAGUUCCAAAAUAAAAAUG